UCUCUCCAGGAAGAGCCACACAUCCCAGUUAGCUCUUCUCCACAGCUCUGAACACACCGCUGCCUGCAUACUCCUCUGAUCAAUCUCUCUAGUAUCCUCCUGCUCAUUUAGCACAAUCAUCAGUUCUCUCCGGCCGUCUAGCUAACUGCAAUGGCGUGCGAGAACGGUCAGGUUGCUGCCGAUGGCAUCAACGGCCUCUGCAUGGCGGCGCCCCGCGCCGACCCGCUGAACUGGGGGAAGGCGGCGGAGGAGAUGUCGGGGAGCCACCUCGACGAGGUGAAGCGCAUGGUGGCCGAGUACCGCCAGCCGCUGGUAAAGAUCGAGGGCGCCAGCCUGAGGAUCGCGCAGGUCGCCGCGGUGGCCGCGGCCGGCGAGGCCAGGGUCGAGCUCGACGAGUCGGCCCGCGAGCGCGUCAAGGCCAGCAGCGACUGGGUGAUGAACAGCAUGAUGAACGGCACGGACAGCUACGGUGUCACCACCGGCUUCGGCGCCACGUCCCACAGGAGGACCAAGGAAGGUGGUGCCCUGCAAAGAGAGCUCAUCAGGUUCCUCAAUGCCGGCGCCUUCGGCACGGGCACGGACGGCCACGUCCUGUCCGCCGAGGCCACGCGCGCGGCGAUGCUCGUCCGCAUCAACACUCUCCUCCAGGGCUACUCAGGCAUCCGCUUCGAGAUCCUCGAGGCGAUUACCAAGCUGCUCAAUGCCAACGUCACGCCAUGCCUGCCACUCAGGGGCACGGUUACCGCGUCCGGCGACCUGGUCCCGCUCUCCUACAUUGCCGGCUUGGUCACCGGCCGCGAGAACUCUGUCGCGGUCGCUCCUGAUGGCAGCAAGGUGAACGCCGCUGAGGCGUUUAAGAUUGCUGGCAUCCAAGGUGGCUUCUUCGAGUUGCAGCCCAAGGAAGGUCUCGCCAUGGUGAAUGGCACUGCCGUCGGCUCUGGACUUGCCUCCACGGUGCUCUUUGAGGCGAACAUUCUUGCUGUCCUUGCCGAGGUCCUGUCCGCCGUGUUCUGCGAGGUGAUGAACGGCAAGCCGGAGUACACCGACCACCUGACACACAAGCUGAAGCACCACCCUGGACAGAUCGAGGCUGCUGCCAUCAUGGAGCACAUCUUGGAAGGCAGCUCGUACAUGAAGCUGGCGAAGAAGCUCGGUGAGCUCGACCCGUUGAUGAAGCCGAAGCAAGACCGGUACGCGCUCCGCACGUCGCCGCAAUGGCUUGGCCCUCAGAUCGAAGUUAUUCGUGCGGCCACCAAGUCCAUUGAGCGCGAGAUCAACUCUGUCAAUGACAACCCACUCAUUGAUGUCUCCCGCGACAAGGCGCUUCAUGGUGGUAACUUCCAGGGCACUCCCAUCGGUGUGUCCAUGGACAACACUCGCCUCGCAAUUGCUGCCAUCGGCAAGCUCAUGUUCGCGCAGUUCUCAGAGCUUGUGAACGACUACUACAACAACGGCCUUCCCUCCAACCUGUCCGGCGGGCGCAACCCGAGCUUGGAUUACGGCUUCAAGGGCGCCGAGAUCGCCAUGGCUUCGUACUGCUCCGAGUUGCAGUUCUUGGGCAACCCAGUGACCAACCACGUCCAGAGCGCGGAGCAGCACAACCAGGACGUCAACUCCCUCGGCCUCAUCUCCUCCAGGAAGACAGCCGAGGCCGUCGAAAUCCUGAAGCUCAUGUCCUCCACGUUCUUGGUCGCCCUGUGCCAGGCCAUCGACCUGCGGCAAAUCGAGGAGAACGUCAAGAGCGCCGUCAAGAGCUGCGUCAUGACAGUGGCCAGGAAGACUCUGAGCACGAGCGCCACCGGCGGUCUCCACGCCGCUCGCUUCUGCGAGAAGGAUCUUCUCCAGGAGAUCGACCGCGAAGCCGUGUUCGCGUACGCCGACGACCCGUGCAGCGCCAACUACCCGCUGAUGAAGAAGCUCCGGAACGUGCUUGUGGAGCGCGCCCUCGCCAACGGCGCGGCCGAGUUCAACGCCGAGACCUCGGUGUUCGCCAAGGUCGCCCAGUUCGAGGAGGAGCUCCGCGCGGCGCUGCCAGCGGCGGUGUUGGCCGCACGGGCAGCUGUGGAGAACGGCACGGCGGCAACGCCCAACAGAAUCACCGAGUGCCGCUCCUACCCACUGUACCGGUUUGUGCGCGAGGAGCUCGGAACCGCGUACCUCACCGGCGAGAAGACGCGGUCGCCCGGCGAGGAGCUGAACAAGGUGCUCGUCGCCAUCAACCAAGGCAAGCACAUUGAUCCGCUGCUUGAGUGUCUCAAGGAGUGGAACGGCGCGCCCCUGCCCAUCUGCUAAACCCCUGUAUCAGAACCUCACAGGAGAUGAUGAGAUGAGUACAGAGGUGGUGGUUUGUUUCGAGUAGUGUGGAUUAUACCAGUACAAGUAGCUGAUCAAACUUUUUUUAUACAUUUGUUGUGUUAAGGAUUCUUCAAUGUACACCUGCAAUACCACAACCUGGUAGGGAAUAACCUGGCAAGCGGCUAAAGUAAUUGUUUUGUAAGUUUUGAAGUAUAAUUUACGAUUCUUUUUGUGUUUGGACUAGUAAA